GAAACUCAGCAAUAAAUAGCUAAGCUCAAGCAGUUGUAGAAACGUUUCAGAGUUUAGAGAGCGAGAGAGAACUCAGUAGCUUACAUACAUACAUACAUACAUACACACACACAGAUAACUGAUCAGACAGGACGACAAAAAUGUAAUGGUCUGACGCAAACGAUUUUUUUUUCUUCGGGAAGGGGUCUUUCAUAUCGAUGCCAUUGGCCGAGGCGCCUGCAGUGUCUCCCACAGGAAAAAGAUGAUCAGGAUGUCAUUGGACAAAGAGACUGUUCUACCGCGUGAUGGGCGGGGCGACGCUGCUGUCCCAGAAGGCCCUGCGUCAGGAGGGGGGGAGGGGGGAGUGGACAGGGUGGGUGGGGUAAUGAUGUCCCCUCACCCUCCCUGUCUGGGACCAACCGGUUUCACCGGAAGUAUGGUUCUAACGGAACAGCCACAUCCCCACGGCCCCAAAACAAGAAGUACACACCCCCUAAAGACCAAAAACGGCCUUCAGCCCCCCCACAACAACCCCCAGGUCUUCCCUCCAGGACAGCAGCAGCGAAUGGGGAAGCGGCGCUACUCCCUGGGCGGCAGCUUCAAGCACCCGGGCUUCGGGAAGCGUCGUCGCCGCGCCAACAGUGACAGUCAAUCAGACCCCGUCCUUCCCUCCAACUUCCUGUUGGGCGGGAACAUUUUCGACCCGCUGAACCUCAAUUCUUUAUUGGAUGAGGAGGUGAGCCGCGCUCUGAAUGCCGAGACGCCCAAGUCCUCACCCCUACCGGCCCGGGCCAGAGACCCUGUAGAGAUCCUGGUACCGCGUGACAUCACAGACCCCCUGAACCUGAAGAGUGGGGGAGGAGAGGAGGGGGGAGGGGUGCUGGUCUCCCCCAUGAAAAACAGGAAGAGACACCGCAACCGUCACCACGGAGGAGGAGGAGGAGGAGGAGGGGGGCCGCAGCCUGAACCCCCCAUACAGGCUGAGGGGUCAAAGGUAGAAGCUGGGGGUGAUUCAGGGACAGGAGGUGAGGUGUUAGCUCUGUUCCCUGCCAGCGUUAGCGUCAGUGUUACUGGUGAGCUAGCUGCAGUACCGGAGGUUCCCAAAGAGGGCCUCUCUGGAAGCGUAGUACCACAGUCUCCUCUGCCCUACGAACUCAACACCACCAUCAACUGUCGGGAUGAGGUAGUUCCGCCCAUUCUGCCCCGGAGACACACCCACCCGCCACUUGGCUCCACCUCUAAACCCCGUCCCCAUGGCGACGGAGGCCAUCGGCAGCGUAAACGGCGGCGUACCACCUCAACGAGGUCUGACCAUUCGUCGGUUACUCCGACCCCCGCCCUCACCACUGCCCCACCCAACACCUUCCACACCCCCCUGGUGCCAGGGUCAGGCCUCAGAGGUCAGGGGUCAGGGUCAGUGGUGGUAGGUCAGCAGCAGGCCCAGAGCUCCUUCCACCACAAACCCCAGAAGAAGAAAAACAGGUUCCAGCACGGCAACUACAGCCGUUAUUACGGCUACCACGGUUACUACGGUUACCGUGAUGGGCAGGUGGGGCGGUUUGAGGACCCUCGUCUGGGCCUGCUUCGACCCGAUUGGUUCAGAGGGAAGACGGUGCUGGACAUUGGCUGCAGCACCGGUCACCUGACCCUGGCCAUCGCACGCCACUUUAACCCGACCCACAUCCUGGGUAUUGAUGUAGACGGGCGGCUGGUGCACGCCGCUAGGCAGAACAUUCGCCACUUCCUGUCCGAACGACUCACACAGGACGCCAGGGGUAGGGAGGAGGGGAGAGGGGGAGAGAGUAAACAGAAAGCGGAGACAGCUGAGCAGAGUGAAGGAAGAACACAGAGCGGAACUAAGAUGGCGUCCGGUACGGCUGAGAAGAAGAUGGAGGAGGAGGAGGGUCAGAACGAGGAGUGUAGCGCUCUAGAGAAACUGAAGAGAACCCUGUCGUUGCUGUCGCCCUCGAGUGGCCCCCGGGGUGUAGGUCGCCCUCUCCCUCCGUUCCCCCUCUCCUUCAGGGUGUGUCGGGGUCCCAUCGCUGCCCCCCCCCUCUUCCCCCCUGGCCACGGAACACCUGAACAUUUCCCAACAACGUCUCCUUCAUAA